AGCAUUUGCGCAUGCGCUAUGUUCCACUACUUAAGUCCGUAGAAAAAAAGGGCAGUCUACCGAAAAAACUCCUUCUGAAGGUACGAAUAUGGCCAGUACUAAACCAGCUGGUGAGCCAGAAGUUCCAGCAGCUGAUCAUAGGGAUAGUGGUGACGAAUCGGAAGAUGAAGGGGAGGUUCUUGAGGAGAGCCCAUGCUGUAGGUGGCAGAAAAGAAAGGAAAGAGUGGAACAGCGUGACGUGCCCGGCAUUGAUUGUGCUUAUUUAUCUAUGGAUACAGAAGAGGGUAUGGAGGUUGUAUGGAAUGAAGUCUAUAUGCUACCUGACAAAGAUUUGAAAUCACAUUUGGAGGAGGUAAAAAGAGUAUUCGACACUUUAAUUCACUUAGAUCACGCCAACCUUGUUAAGUUUCAUACUUAUUGGAUUGUAUAUGGAAAUAAUUCAAAUGAUAGAAAGAAAGUGGUAUUCAUAACUGAAUAUAUGUCAUCGGGAUCUUUUAAACAAUUCUUAUAUAAAGCUAAGAAUAAGCCUAAGACAUUGGAUAUAAAAAAUAAAAAUAAAACUCUAAAGGCGUGGAAGAGAUGGUGCACCCAGAUUUUGUCAGCUCUCUCUUACCUUCAUUCUUGUGAGCCGGCUAUAAUCCACGGAAAUUUAACUUGCGACACAAUAUUUAUCCAACACAACGGCCUCAUAAAGAUAGGUUCAGUGGCGCCGGACGCCAUCACCAAGAACGUGAAAACGACUAGGAGAGAUAUUAAGAAAAAUAUGCAUUACUUUCCUGCAGAAUGUGAUCGAGCCGAAAAUGUAACAACGGCAGUAGAUAUUUUCUCAUUUGGAAUUUGUGCCCUUGAAAUGGCCGCCUUAGAAUUACAGCCAAAUUCAGAAAACGGUGUUGUAACAGAUGAAGUCAUUAGGAACGUUUUAAAUAGUUUAGAAGAUAAAGAUCAGCGUGCCUUCAUUAGUCUUUGUUUAGAUGAAGAUCCAGAAAAAAGACCGACAGCAAGGGAGUUAUUGUUUAAUAAGGUGCUUUUCGAGGUGCAUUCUUUAAAGUUAUUAGCGGCACAUGCCGUUGUCAAUUCGUCCAACGAGCAAAACAUUCAAGAGGAAGUUUGGAAGAGAGAUCCUAAUUGUGUAAUUGCUGAAUGGCCCAACUUAACAAGCGGUUUAACUCAGCAAUGGAAAGUUUCAGAUUCUCCUGCUUUAGAAUUAGACAAAUUUUUGGAAGAUGUUCAAAAUGGUAUUUAUCCACUAACUGCUUUCACCGACAGUGUUGGAAAUAUAGCUCCAGCUAGAACAAGAGCCGUAUCCCCUGAAAUUCCCGAGUCAGUUAAAUCUGAGUCACCUGAAAUAGUCCAAGACAGAGAAACAAGAAGUUGCCAAAUUGUUACAUGUGACAUUAAACCUAUGGAAGUUAUCAAAGAAACUCAAUUGUUACCAGGUAGUGGAGAUGAGGGUGAAAAGAAAAAAUUUCAAGUUCAUCUAUUACUUAAAAUGGAGGAUAAAACGAAUCGAGAUUUACAAGGUGAAAUCGGUGAGAAUGAAACCCCUACUGUUCUUGUUAAAGAAUUAGUGGAUUUAGGUUUUGUCAGUUUGACUGAUCAUGAUAAGAUUUUAACAAGUUUAGAAGAAGCGUUGGAUAAAGUUGAUGCUCCGUUGAUUGCUACUUGA